UCAACUGGGAUUCGUAAAGUUGUCUCAUGAAAACAACAGAAACUCCAGAGGAAAGAUAAGGAGAAAGGAUGCCAGCUAGAAAGUGAUAAGCUGCCGCAGAUGGAAAUUUAUUGUAAAACAACAUAAUCUGUAUAUAAAUGUAUGAAAGAAAAUUAAAUUGAUAAAUAAAAGGAAAAUAUAUUAGAAGUGAAGGAAACAAAAUUCAGAAAGCGAUAGAAGCGUGAUAACUCUAAGAAAAACAUCCAUCAAGAAAUUAUGUCGGCCAUAACACAUUCUCCGAUGUAUCCAUCAGACAUUUUUAAUGAAGAUAAUUCAACGGAGAUCCUUUUCUAUGAUAAUGCCACUAACAUAACAGAAGACGAAUUACCUCUUGAUACAAAUAAUUUAUUAGUGGCUUAUCACUACUGGUACGCAGGCAUUCAUGGCUAUGUAGCUUCCAUCGUUUGCAUAUUUGGAGUCAUCACGAAUAUUCUCAACAUUAUUGUAUUGACAAGAAAAAACAUGAUUUCUCCGUCAAAUAUAAUCCUGACUGGACUGGCCAUUAGCGAUGGACUUACAAUGGCACUCUACUUCCCAUUUGCUUUAAACAAUUAUGUCAUCUAUGGACCAGAUUCUCCGGAGAGCCGUGACAGUAUUGGUGAUGCCCGCUUUUUAUUUGCCUACGCUGUAUGUAGCGUUGUUGUACAUUCCAUUUCAAUUUGGUUGACAGUUACAUUGGCUCUGUUCCGGUACAUUUUCAUUCGGUAUCCACGCAAAGGCACCUAUUUGUGCAGUAUACCAAGAGCUAAACUGGCAGUAAUUCUAGUGACCGUAGUUACCACUAUAGUAUGUGUUCCUAAUAGUGCAACGUUAGAAAUCAAGUGCAAUGCAGGACAUAAUUCAACAAUGUGGUAUGUUGAUUUCAGGGAGAAUAAUGAAGCUGAGAGAAUUCUCAAGAAGAUGAACUUUUGGGUGCGCAUUAUCCUUAGCUGUUUACCAAGCUUACUCUUGACAGUUUUGAGUAUAUUACUUGUGAAAACCAUGCAAGAGGUCGAGAUAAGACGGAAGAGGCUGUUAAGUCGAAGUGGCAGAACAGAUGACGAUAGCGGUCGAGAAAGGAAAACUAAUCGAACUACAAAGAUGUUACUGACAGUUGUAGUGCUGUUCCUUAUAACAGAAACCCCACAUGGUAUAUUUAUAUUGAUUGGAACUUUUAACUCUUUCUUCAACAAUUACUACAUCUAUUUGGGAGAUACCCUUGAUAUUCUCACACUCAUUAACAACGGCAUCAACUUCGUAUUGUAUUGCACAAUGAGUAAACAGUUUAGAGAGACAUUCAUCAGAAUAUUUUUCAGAUCUUUCAUUGCUACAGAUGUCGGCCAAUUGCAGCUGGUGUCAACCCAGGCUACUAGGUACUCAGAAGUAUGAUCUAACUCUCCUGGUGCAGUUAUAUCAUAACGAAGAGCACAGUUAUGAUUUGAUGAAAAGUUAAGCAGCUUAAAGUAGACAAAUACAGGAUUAGUCCACUUUCAGUAGACAUUCUUACGCCAGUCAUCCAGUCAUUUCAGUUUCCUGAUCAACAAACCAGCAAAGCAAUCAACAAAGAAGUCUGCGAGUGAACGCUCAACUUGCUAUACAUAGUAACAAAAUUUUCUUUGAGUCACACUCUUUACAAAGACACCUGAGACAACAGUGGAUUUCACAGUAUUAGGUAGACGAUGGUUAAAAAGAAGACCAGGAUGAUCUUGUGGGGGUAUUCUUUUUAUGGCAGGUCUUAAUACAUCCAUUUCAACCUCGAGCCAAACAUAAAUUUGUUACUUCAAGCAUACUGAGUUUAGUAAUGCGAUUGCAUUCUUCUUUGUUUCUCAUUUUGUCUCUCAUUUUUUCUCCUACAAAAAAAAAAAGAAAUUAUUAUAUUCGAAUUGAGAAAAAUACAACAGAGGCAGUGUAUUUAUUUCAUCUGAGUGUAAAAGCUGACUAAGUACUUAUAAACAAUUAUUUAAAAAGCAGAAAAGAUUUUAUUUUUUAUCAUUAUAUCUAUAUAUAUGUAGUUUCAAAAUAUGUGCUGACGUGGCUGUAUGGUUAAGUUUGUAUUGCAACCAUGUUGUCCUAGAUUCGAUCUCACCGUGCGACACGUUAGACGAGUGUCUUCUAUAAUAGCCUCGAGGUAUUGUCCGUAAAAUAUAAGUGGAAAAAUGUAUGUAUAUAUAUGUUUGUGUGCGUGUAUACAGCUGCGUGUGUGUGCAUAUCGUUGCGUCAAACAAAAAUAUAUUGCUUAAUUACAACUUUCUUCGUUACGUUGAAUAGAGGUACCUUGUGGAGUAUCUGUUUAGAAAGGCAGAUUUUAGCCAGUCAGAAAAAAAAAUAGAUCGAUAAUAUAGCUGAAGAGUAAAUACUGGGGUAGAUAUAAUUGACAGGAAAAGUCUUGUGUACUGUGCACGCUCGUAGUCAAAAAUUUGAAACGAGUAUGAUUUAAAGUGAAAUAUGUCUAUUCGUUUUGCGAAGUGAAGUAAUCGAAUAAGGUCCUUUUUGUUGGCUUGCGGGCAUAAGGAUAUGAUCAUAGAUUCUGUGGUAAAAUGGGGUGGCGAAUAAUCAAUUAAAUCGAAAUUCAAUCACAAAACCUGCUUCUAUGAAAUAGACAAGUAGAGAGGCAAAGAGACUGACAAAUACAUACAUAGAAGGACAGACGGAUAGACAGACAGACAGACAGACAGACAGACAGACAGACAGACAGACAGAUAGACUGAUAGAUAGAUAGAUAGAUAGAUAGAUAGAUAGAUAGAUAGAUAGAUAGAUAGAUAGAUAGAUAGAUAGAUAGUAGAUAGAUAGGCAGCGAAAGUGAUAUAGGAGGGAUGGAUGCAUUGACUAAUGUGUUCAGUCUUCUAUGUACUAUAUCUGGUUAAAAAUGAGAUAGCCACGGUUGGAACUGACUAGAUCAAUACCGAUUGAGUACAUCUGAGCAAAAACAAACAUGAAAAUUCUAUCUAAUAUUCAGUGAUCUUAAUCACGCAGAGAUUAAAAACAAAAACAGUAGGCAUAUAUCUAAUGCAGACACACAGACACAGAGACAGGUAAACGACGCUGCAUACAUAGUUGGUCUUACUGUAUGUGUGAAUUAAAUAGAAGAUAACUAUGAAUGUAUUAUAGUAGAUAUUGUUACUGUUGUUCUUGUUCUUCUUGAUAUUGACGAUUAUGAAGAGGAAGUGGAGAAAGACGGAGAGAGGAGGAGGAGGAAGAAGAAGGAGAAGAAGGAAGAGAAGAAGGAGAAGAAGAGGCGGCUGAAGAUGGCUGCCGUGUGUGUUGGUGAUAGUGGUAUUUACUUUGAUAGCAACCCUGACAAAGUAAGCAUAUGGUCAAAGCAUUCCAGCGGUGACACUUCAGUCAAAGUGUGAAUGUUUGUGUGUAUGUGUGUAUGUGUGUGUGUAUGUGUGUGUGUGGUGUGUAAUAUAUCUUUCUUUAAAGCAUA